AUGGACAAUACUGCCACUUAUGAGCAGCAUUUGGGGAUAAUUAACUCGUUAGCCAAGAGGCUUAGCAGCAUUUCCCGUUUGGCUCUUCGAGAGUUGGUGAUACUUUUGUUGCCACUAGUUGUGCUGAUGUUGGGGCAAUUGAUCUAUCUGUUUUCGCCUUCCGAGGAAGUGAAUAACUAUUUCACUGAUAAGCGGAAUUUGGUUAAUAUGGUUUUUGUCAAAAACGGAUGGGGCUGGAAUCUUAUCAUAUUCACUAUUUUCUGCGUUGCAAAGUUACGAAAAGGUGUCAAGAUAAAGCCUGUAACUAUAGUAAGACUCGCACUCAUAACCGGAUGGUGGUGGGUUUUCACCCAAUGGUGCUUUGGUCUGCCAAUUAUGGAUAGAUUAUUUGUAUUUACGGGUGGAAAAUGUUCCAAUAUACCCACCAUCCAAGCAGAAAGGUAUAUUCAAAGGUUUCCUGCAUUUAGAGAGUUUUUUAGUAAGAAAGAUUCCGAACCGCUGGUUCAAGAGGCCAUCAUAAGUUCAAGCACGUGCAGAUCUAUAAAAGGUGAAUGGACUGGAGGACAUGAUCCUUCAGGUCAUGUUUUUCUGCUUUCUAUCUCGUGGAUAUUUUUAAUGAUUGAACUUACUCACUCACUGGCUCACGAGGUAAAUAUUGUGCAACAUCACACGAAUGUGUUCAAGAGGCUACUUCUUACCAUCCGCAAGAGACAGUUUACCCAAGCUCUACAGGUGCUAGGAGAUUAUCCUGAGAUUUUAGUUCUAUGUCUAUGUUUUCUAUGGACAUGGAUGUUGUUAAUGACUGGUAUCUAUUUUCAUUCCAUGAGUGAAAAAUUGUUCGGACUGUUUUGGAGUUAUUUGGGUAUUAUGACAGUUUAUAUUGCUCCCAGAUUUAUGAAAAAAGAGAGCUAG